UCCAGGCCGUAUUAAAUACAUGGAGUGGACACAUUCUGGGUAAAGGAGCAUAAGGAGUGCAAACUCCAUUAUGGAUCUGUCCGGAGCAGUCAUUCUUUUCCUUGUCAUCUACCUGUCUUUCCUUGCCAUUGUAUCAUUUAAGAGGAAACUAUCAAACAAGGGGAAGCUCCCUCCAGGACCCACUGCCUUGCCUCUGAUUGGGAAUUUCCUACAGAUCAAGUCAUCAGAAACCUUAAAAUCUCUUCUCAGGCUGAGUGAAAUAUAUGGUCCCGUGUUCACAGUCUAUUUUGGAACACGCCCAAUUGUGGUCUUGUGUGGACAUGGUGCUGUGAAGGAGGCCCUGAUAGACAAGGCAGAAGAAUUCAGUGGAAGGGCCACCAACCCUACCCUGGAACGGACCUUCCAAGGACAUGGGGUGGUCUUUGCCAAUGGAGAGCGUUGGAAGCAACUACGGCGAUUUUCUCUCAGCGUUUUGAGGGAUUUUGGAAUGGGGAAAAAAUCCAUUCACGAGCGAAUCCAGGAGGAGGCCCAUUUCCUGUUGGAUGAAUUCAGGAAGACUAAGGAGAAGCCCUUUGACCCAACUUACUUCCUCAGUCGGGCUGUCUCCAACGUCAUUUGCUCCAUUGUUUUUGGGGACCGCUUUGACUAUGAAAACAAGGAAUUUCAGGCCCUUAUGGAGAUGAUGAACAACAGCUUCCGAGAGAUAAGCACAGCCUGGGCUCAGUUCUAUGACAUGUAUGAAAGCUUUCUGAAGUAUUUCCCAGGACCCCACACUAAAAUCUAUAAUAUCCUGGAAGAUAUGAUAUGCUUCAUUGCCAAGAAAGUGAAGAAGAAUAAAGAAACCUUUGAUCCCAACUACCCACGGGACUUCAUCGAUUGCUUCCUCACCCAGAUGGAGAAGGAAAAAGACAAGGCUUCAAGUGAAUUCAAUGAAAGGAACUUAGAGCUCACUACCCUGAACCUCUUCUUUGCUGGAACAGAGACAGUCAGCUCCACCCUGAGAUAUGGGUUUCUGUUUCUGAUGAAACAUCCUGAAGUUCAAGCAAAAGUGCAUGAAGAAAUUGAUCGAGUGAUUGGCCACAAUCGUGUCCCAAACAUUGAAGACCGGAGCCAGAUGCCAUACAUGGAUGCCGUCAUCCAUGAAAUACAGAGAUGUAGUGAUCUCAUUCCCAUGGAUGUGGCCCACCGGGUUAUCUGUGACACUGAAUUCAGAGGAUACAUCAUCCCUAAGGGAACAGAAAUCUACCCUAUUCUCAGCAGUGUCCUUCAUGACCCCACAAUGUUUAAAAGACCCUUUGCUUUCGACCCAGAGAAUUUCCUGGAUGAGAAUGGACGCUUCAAGAAGAACGAUGCCUUUGUCCCAUUCUCCUCAGGGAAACGGAUCUGUCUUGGUGAAGCCUUGGCCCGCAUGGAGCUUUUCCUCUUCUUCACCACCAUCCUGCAGAGUUUCCAGCUGAAGUCCCUUGUACCCCCUGAAGAUAUUAACAUCAUUCCUCAGGAGAGUGGCUUUGCCACCAUCCCUCCUUUCUACCAGCUCUCCGUCAUCCCACGCUGAGUCAUUGGGCGCAUGGUCUACAGCCGUCACUCUCUUGUACAUGCUGAAUUCCCCAGCUCCUCCGUGGAGAUUCCACAUUCUGUUUUCAAGCUCAGUCAUAGUUUCUUUUGAAAAAGUUGGUCUCUGCACUUCCUCCACAGAUCAGGGCUUGUCAGAAUGUAGUCUUCUUGAUAACCCAUGCUGAGAGUCAAGAACCCCAUGAUUAACUGUAUACUGUGACAUCUAUCUUGAGUCCAAAGGCUGUGAUACCAUCGUCUCCAUUUUUGUCUCUAUACCUGGCAUGGGCAAACCUUGGCCCUCCAGGUGUUUUGGACUUCAAUUCCUACCGGCUGUUAGGAAUUGUAGGAGCUGAAGUGCAAAUCACCUGGAGGGACAAAGUUUGCCCAUGCCUGCGCUAUAUUUAUCGAGUGUGUAAGCCUUGGGAUCACCUUGAAAUAUAAAAUAUAACCGCAAUGCAUUGAGCAUUUGUUUGUUCAUUCUUUUGUUCAUUCAUUUUUUGUAUGCUUCAAGUGUAUCAUAAGACCACAGGCUACUUUGCUGUUAAUCCCUCAAACAUAGCCGGGCAUCUAGAUCAACAAAGCAGACCCUUUAUUUUCAUGGGGGUUAGGGCACAAGAUCCGCCAUGAGAAUGGGAAAAUUGUGAAUAACAAUCUGUUUUUUACUUAAGAGAUUGUCUCUCUGAAAGUCUCUACGUCCUCCGGCCUAACUCCAUGGUCAUUUUCCAGUGGAGGAUCGACAAAUGCCUAAACAGGUGUUCUAUCUAGGCAUCUCUAGGUCCUCCAGUGUAACUCACAGUUAACUCUAUGUUCUAGAGAGAACAUAUUAAUCCAAUCUGAGAAUAAUAAAAUCUGUAAAAACAACCAAUAUGAAAGUCUGAUUAUAAUACCAGAAGCACAUAGCCCAAUGAGCAGAAGGGUGAGCUAAAAUAAGCAUUCACAAUGUAUUCAGCCAGAAGAUCUCACAAAGAAGUUGGGUGCCUCGAAAUUUUCCUAGGGGUGAGCUGGGACUGUUUGGGAUGCACACAGCAUUAGCCAAGUGCAUUGUGAGUUUCCUUUUCAUUCAGUCACUACAUUUAGCAGGAUAGUUCCCAAACACAAACAACUCUCAAGGCAAGACAGGAGGAAGUGCUCUGACUUUGACUCAUUUCUGCCCCACUUGUUGACAAGUUGUAGUUUAGCUCCUGUGUAUGCACACAUACAUAUUAUACCACGUCACCAGCAUGUAUGGAAAUGCAUCAAUGUUUGGAAGUGAUCUUUUAUUGAAACAGAAAUAACAACCAAGACCCUCCAACAUAGGGUGUGAUGUGUGACUUUAUGCUGGCAAAGUUACAUUAACUAGUAAGAUUGUGUUUCCCUGUCAUGACACACAACUUUGCUAAUGAGACAACACACAAAAAAUCCUGAUGCACAAAGGUUCCAACACACAAUAUGUCCAAACAUUCAAUGUAACUCUGAGCAAAAUAUACACCACGACAGACUGUGCAUUGGAACAUGUUAAAAGAUUUUUUAACAGGCAUAGUCAAUGUUUUCUGUUUUAGUUGAUCAAAUAAAGGCUGGUGUUUGGGA